GCAUCAGAGACGCAGUCAGUCCCAUUCACUACUAACGAGACAUAGGAAGACCACAUUUUACAACGAUGAAGGUCCUCUCAAGACACGUCGAGCGAGACGGCUCAGGAAGCGUCACUGUCAAUCCAGAGGAGGACGAGGACAUGUACCAUCUCUAUAAUCUCAUCGAGGUCGGAGAUCUCGUCAGGGGCCCUACUGUGCGCAGAGUUCAGUCAGAAUCCUCUACUGGCUCCAUCGAGUCACAGCGUGUCCGUGUCACGCUCACCAUCCAAGUCGCAAAGUCGUCCUUUGACGCCACGGGGUCCUCGGCCCCUCUGGAUCCGGCUGCGGAAGGCAGCUCGGCAGGCGCUGUCAGUGGUGCGAUUACCGACGUCUCCUCAUCCUCGAGUACCGCGGGAGCGUUGGGAGGAGGCAGCGGUGGCGAUGGAGCUACGCUGCACGUGUCCGGCAGAGUAGUCUCGGAGAACAGGCAUGUCAAGAUGGGCGCCUUCCACACUCUUGAUCUCGAAGUCAAUCGUCAGUUGACGAUCAUAAAGGACUCAUGGGACUCUAUCCAUUUCGAGCGUCUGAACGAAUCCAGCGAUGUCGGACAGAGAGCAGAGGUCGGCGCUGUGGUACUGGGCGAUGGUACGGCAACCGUGUGCCUCUUGACAGAGCACAUGACCGUUGUUCGACAACGUAUCGACGUACCUCUGCCGCGCAAACACAAAUCCCUACCCUCAUCGUCGGCCGACAAGUCCCAGGCUCGGUUCUUGUCCCUCGUGUAUCAAGCCGUGCUCAAGCUCUUGCAGCUGCCUGCGUUGCGGCUCGUCAUCCUCGCCAGCCCCGGCUUCACAAGGGAUACCGUGUUUGACUACCUGUUUGCCGAAGCCACCAGGCGGGGCGAAAAGGCUCUCAUGGGCAAUGAUGCCAAGCGAAAAUUUCUCAGAAUUCAUUGCAACAGUCCUCACAUUCACAGCCUCAUUGAGGUUUUACGAAGCGCAGAGGUCAGCGCCCAACUAAAGGACACAAAGUUUGCAAAAGAGGGCCAGCUUCUCGACCGUUUCCAGAGGAUGCUCGCCUCCGACGAGCUCCGUGCAUGGUACGGAGAGCAGCAUGUCAUGCUGGCCGCUCAGCGAGGUGCCAUUGGCUCCCUUCUCAUUUCAGAUGGCCUCUUCCGCGCCGCCGACCCGGUCCGACGCAGGAAGUUCGUUCAGCUCGUAGAGGACGUGAGGAGCGCGGGAGGCGAGGCUCUCAUCUUCAGCGGCAUGCACGAAAGCGGACGGCAGCUCAACGGCCUUACGGGCAUCGCAGCCAUCCUGCGCUUUCCCCUCGAUGUAGAAGUCGCGGAAGAAGAAGAGCGGGAAGAACAAGCAGCUCAGUCGGGUCAUGAUGAUCUCCUCGGUUCCAAUCGCAAUCAUGCCUGACGCAUAGAUACCCGGUAACGCCCCCCCCCCCC